AUGGCACUGAGAGGGAAACACAGUGCUGAAAAAGAGAUUUGCGGUAAUCAUGCCGAUCAUUACAUGAGACUUCCUGGGUGGAUGUACAUGCUGAGAGAAAGAAAUCCUGGAUCCAUUGUGCGUCUUGAGUUGGCCAAUGAUCGGAAAAGCUUCAAAUACCUAUUUGUCGCGUUAAGUGCAACUAUAAAAGGAUGGAAGUAUAUGCAUAAAGUUGUUGCUGUUGAUGCGACAUUUUUGACAAGCGAAUACAAGGGAGCAUUGAUCGUUGCAACCGCGCAGGAUGGAGAAUAUCACCAAUAUCCUUUAGCAUGGGGUGUGAUCGAUAGAGAGCGAACACAUGUUAAUAGGAGAGCCGGAAGAAAAGGUUCAAGAGGUGAAACCGUGGCUAAAUUGUUUUUUAAAUGUACAUCGGCUCACAGGGAGAAGGAGUUUGAAGAAUUUUACUCUGAUUUCAAUUACAGAUAUCCCAAAGUAGCGGAGUACAUGCAAAAGGAAGAACUUGCUUCGGAGAAGUGGGUGAGGUGUAAAUUUCGGACUCAAAGAUACAACUUAUUAACCACCAAUGGUGUCGAAUCAAUCAACUCCAUUUUGAAGAAGGCCAAAAGGUAUCCGCUACUCAGUCUGCUUGAUAUUUGUGUCGCGAAGACGGUAGAAUGGUUCAUUAGGUACCGGCAGAAACAUGUAGUGCUGAAUGAUUCUCAAAAGUUAACUCCGUAUGUGUACAAAGUACUGCAUGAACGGUUCGAGAAGGCCUGUACGUAUGAGGUUAUUGAACUUAACAGGUUGAGUGGUAUGUUUGAGACAAGGGAUGAAAAAGGUAGAAGACACUUGGUAAAUCUUGGUGAUAGAACCUGUAGUUGCAAAAAGUUUGAUGAGGAUAGGUAUCCAUGUAGUCAUGCAAUUGCAGCAGCACAUAAGAUCAGAAAAGGUAGUGCGAUUCACGAAUUAUGCUCUGAAUACUACUGGGGAGAGACUUGGGUCAAGGCUUACCAAGAGACUGUGUAUCCGGUGCCCGAUAUUUGUGAUUAG